GUAACAAAACUUUAAGUUAAUUGCAUGUUGUUUCAAAUGAUGCAUGAUCUGACAGGAACUUAACUUGUUGUUCUCGUCUGUAGCUGGUCUAGCCUACUCUAACCUGGUGUAUAAAUGGUCUCUCUGUCUCGUCUGUAGCUGGUCUGGCCUACUCUAACCUGGUGUAUGACUGGUCUCUCUGUCUCGUCUGUAGCUGGUCUGGCCUACUCUAACCUGGUGUAUGACUGGUCUCUCUGUCUCAUCUGUAGCUGGUCUGGCCUACUCUAACCUGGUGUAUGACUGGUCUCUCUGUCUCGUCUGUAGCUGGUCUGGCCUACUCUAACCUGGUGUAUGACUGGUCUCUCUGUCUCGUCUGUAGCUGGUCUGGCCUACUCUAACCUGGUGUAUGACUGGUCUCUCUGUCUCAUCUGUAGCUGGCCUGGCCUACUCUAACAUGGUGUAUGACUGGUCUCUCUGUCUCGUCUGUAGCUGGCCUGGCCUACUCUAACCUGGUGUACGACUGGGUGAAGGCAGCGGUGAUGUUUGGGGUGAUCAACACUGUGGCCAGACUGGAUCAUCUGGAUCCUCCUCAGCCUCCUAAGUGUAUCACCAUGCUCUACGUGUUCGCUGAGACGCACUUUGACAGAGGCAUCAAUGACUGGCUGUGCAAGUAUGUUUACGAUUACAUUGGAGGAAGCCACAAACAUAUCUUCAAGGAGCUUGUGGCGACCAUCUGUACGUUCGUUGUGACCACUUUGUGGCUGGGUCCAUGUGAGCUGGUCUACAUCUGGUCGUUCUUCAACUGCUUUGGUCUCAACCUGGAGCUCUGGGUGGACAAGAUCUUCUCCUUACCUCCCUUCUCCAACAUCGAGUAUGCCAUAGGUGAGGCCAUGUCUCGUAGAAUCAGAGCCAUCUUCGGGGCCAUCAACUUCUGGACUAUCGUCCUCUACAACGUCCUGGCUCUCAACAGUCUGGAGUUUGCUAAGCUGGUGGGAAAAAGGCUGAUCGUCCAAGGUUUCCCUCUGUCCACCCUGUCUGUGCUGUUUGUGACCUACUGUGGUGUUCAGCUGGUGAAGGAGAGGGAGAGAAAACAAGCCUUUUUGGAUGACCCCGAGCCAGCGGCCGUGCCCCAAGACAUGCCUGAGGAGGUCGGAAAAAUGAAAGCUGAGUAAACGCAUAAACAAGGAGAAAACUUAAUUUUGUUUUUUGAGGACCUGGUUUUCACAUCAACAGUCAACAACCCCCCCCCCCCCCAGCCCCGUUCAUAUUUUUACACUCUUGAGCUUCCAUACUGUACUGAAUCAUGCCAGACUGUCACAAGUCACAGAUAAUCAUCGUCGUGGCAACUCUUCUACUGCUACUACUACUACUACCAAGUUGUCACCAUGACAACUACUACUCUACCACUCUGUUGUUUUUUUAAAAUACAAAGCAUUAUUUUAUCAUUUUUAACUGUGAAAAGUCCUGAAGUGCACUUGCUGUAGAUAAUCGUCAUUUGACACGUACCCUCGUCCUUUUUGGUACAUACACCGAAGGUACAUUUUUGUAUAUUCAUAUAAAACAAAAGAUGGAUAUCAGGAAAUUGAAGAGAGACAUGGCAAAUAUUUUAUGCAGACACAGCUAAUAUAUUGACAUCAUAUGUUCUUAUUUAGAGCAACUUACAGUAGUGAUUGUAUCCAUUUUUUGUACUGGUCCCCAGUGGGAAUCAAACCCACAUCCUUGGCAUUGCACGUUGUUGUCAAACACCUCUGAGCCAAAUGUCUCUACAUUUUGUUCAAGUGUCAUUUAUGUUUGUUUUUAAUGUACCAAAACUAUUGCAGUAAUACAAAACUGAAACCUCAUAA